ACUCUCCGGCCGACCUCCACGGCAUGUGGUACCCGACCGUGCGGCGCACACUGCUCUGCCUCAGCAAGCUGUACCGCUGCACCGAGCGCGGCGUGUUCCAGGGCCUCUCGCAGGAGGCGCUCGCCAUGUGCGUGCAGAGCCUGCAGAACGCGGCGCGUGCCAUCGCCGAGACCAAGUCGUUGCGUGAUGCCCAGCUGUUCGAGGUGAAGCACUUGCUGAUUCUUCGUGAGCAGAUCGCGCCGUUCCACGUGGACUUCUCCGUGCGUGAGAUCAGUCUGGACCUCAGCAAGAUCAAGACCGCUGCCAUGGGCCUGGUGCAGCGGCGCUCGCAGCUGUUCGCGCUCAACUCGAGCAACGCGCUGCUGGAAUUCCUGCUGGAGGGCACGCCGGCCGUUCAGGAGCACACGCGCGACUCAAAGCGCGAGGUGGACCUGCAGCUGAAGCGCGUGUGCGAGGCGUUCAUCCGCGGCACGCAGCAGCUGCUCCAGCAGCCGGUGCACAGCGUCAUUCUGAGGAUCGAAGCCGUUCUGGAGUCGGCUCCGGACCAGCCGCUGCCGCCGGCCGAGACGGUGGCCGCGGCCGUCACCGAGACCCAGCGGCUCAUCAAGACCCACCUGCCCGACAUACAGCAGAGUAUGCAGCUCUACCUGGCCAACCGCGAGACAGAGUUCAUCCUCUUCAAGCCCGUCAAGGUGGGCCUGCUGCAGCGAUUCCAGCGUCUGCAGGACAUUAUCAUGCAACAGUACAGCGACGACGACCGCAUGAUCAUCAUGUGUCCGUCGCAGGAUCAGGUCAGCGUGCUCGUCUCAUCCUGUAUGCAGCCGGCGCCGUCCUAGGGACCUCGCUGCCGGCGCCGCCGGCGGCGGCCGCGUUCGCUCCGUUGUUGCCGUUAUCGUGUGCGGCGCGACGUGCUGCUGCGGCGCUGGUAAACGGCCGUCCCGAUGCCUUCUGCGCCGCGCUUCUGCCCUGUCGCGCCGCCCUGCCGCGCUUCCGCGGGCUGACACACCCUGCCGAACGUUCGCAUGGUCAGCUGUCGAAGCGGUGGCCGCCGCGCGGUCCGGCCGGUGGGCGGGCGCCUCUCCGCGCGAGGCCCUGCGCGUUAGGCGCGUGCGGGACCUCGCAGUCAGUGCCCAGCGCUGGUAGGCGCCGGGGCUGGCUGGGUGUGACGGCCCUCACGUGGUCAUUAUGGUCUUUGUUUAUCGCUGAUUGGCGUUUUUGUUUGUUUUAUCUCUGGCAUUAGGUACCGGCCUUUCAUAUCCGGAUUGGUGCGGCAUUUGUGGGUGCUCACCAUAAUCGCCUUGCUUGAUCGUAGUGAAAGGAUCCAAGCAUUCCAGUCUUUUUAUAUGUUUUGUUGUGAAAGGAGCUCGAUCAAUUUCAUGGUUAUCACUGAUUUGUAUAAAACUGCUUUCUAUUACUGGGGCGAUCGUGUAACGUUGUUUGGUUCCAUAAGAAUUCUGGUGAGGUAUUUAUCAGACUAAAAUUGGGCCAAGGAAGUUUCUU